AUGUCUUCAGAGGAGCUAGCGCAGUUCCCUGCUACAAGUCGUUUUUUCCGCAGGUAUCCAGGCGACCCACAAGACCCGAACCACAAUCGCCAGCCCAAGUCGAUCCUUCUCAGCAGCUCUGGCUCCAACUCUCUGCCCUUCAGCUCGCCCCAGACACGUCCACGACAAACUUAUCCAAUCAACUUGUUUAAUCUUCCCAAUAGAAUCAGUCUAGAUGAAAAACUCCCCCCUCACCUUCCCCACAAGGGAGCCCAAGAAAUCCCUGUUUUUCACUAUAACCCAUCCACCAUGAGCGACCCAGUCCUGUUUGUGGAGUCUGUCAAGGAGGCAGGUCAAAAACACGGUGCAGUGAAGCUCAUAAUGCCUGAGAGCUUUAACAGCUCGGCUAGAACGAACUUUCAGAUUAACCCUGACACAUUUCAGUUCAAGACGAACCGUAUAUUGGCCAACCCCAAGGAAAACGAGAUAUUGACACGCCUUCGUUUCUACAAUGAGCUCAUAAACUACCAUCUCAACGUGCUGCGCUCCGGUGGCCCAGAGCUGGCCCAACAGCCCGAGGUACAUUCUUCAAAGGUCGAAGAGUCCAAUAUACCACUUGCAUCUCCUACCGCUGACCCUGGCGUGUCUCCUGCUACUGAUGUUUCUUCUACUCAGAUAAAAGAAGAGGCUACAAAGCUGACAUCUUCAAGAAGCAGAAUCCCUCCGUUUUUGCAGAAGCUACCGAUGAUGGACAAACGCCCUCUUGACUUGUUUGAUCUCUUUCGUCUCGUAAUCAUGAGAGGCGGCUACACGGAGGUUAUCAACAGAAAGCUUUGGGCUCAGAUUGGCAGAGAGUUAGGUUACAAGGGCAAAAUCACAAGCAGCCUAAGUAGCUCUCUCAAGAUAUCUUAUGCCAAGAUUCUUCAUCCGUUAGAGAUGUUUUUGGGAAAUAGGUGCAUAGAAGUAGCAGGCCUCGCUGAGGGUGCAAUUCCAGAAGUUGAGGAGCCUGCUGCAAAGAAAAGAAAGGUGGAGUCUCUGGCUCCCCUACUUCUUGGAUCCGCUAAGGAAUAUAGAAGAUCGAUUCGUGCCAAAGCUGCGAAGGGACUUCUUCUAAAUCAGCCUCACUUGAUCGAUAUCAAACCUCCACUUUUAUUUUCGACGGCACAAGAAAGUGCUCCUACAAGUCAACCUACGCCAGAGGGCCCAACAAAAUCGUCCAAGAACUCAACAUAUUAUUCUCUUACACCCGCUGCACAAGUUAACAAUUAUCUCAAGUGGCUAAGUACCCACGCAGCCGAUCUACAAGAUGCCGCAAGGCACGAGCCAAAUGGCAAGUCUGCAUCGAUAUACUCUUUAAGACAGUUCAUUGAGAAAGAUUGCAAAUUUCAAGAGGUUUUGAUAUCGUCUAACCCAACAGUAUUUGGAAUCAGCAGUGAUCGCUCGCUCCAUACAUCAGUAAAUAUACCGAGUCAGUAUAGCGGGUUUCAGAUUAGCGAGGAAUCUAAGCCUGUAUCUCCUGAAGCCAUGGAAGACAUAUUCUGGCAACGUGUUUGUCGUGAAGGUGUGGAUGAUCUUUUGGAUGGCUUGAAGAUUGAAAACGGCACUUCUUUGUUGGGCUUGAGCAACGGGUCGGGUUUUCUCAGAAUCGGUGACGACUUCAGCAAUUACAAGUCACAUCUCAGCGCCAACAGCUACCCCAGCACAAGCACCCUUUCGUCCGGAUCUGAUUUACUGUCGAGAUUUCCCGACCACAUGUCUGCUACGAGCAGCAAAAGCGGCACCCCAACCCCAGCAGAUACCCCACUUGUCCAAUCAGCGAGGACCUCUUUCAAUGGAAGCAGUGAAUAUCAAAGUACUAGCUCAAGUCAUAGCGAGUCACUCAUUCUCAAUUGUCAUCCUUACAUCUCACGAACUAUCGGCAAUUCGCUAGCACCAUUCAACAUACACAACAUUCCUUCUUUGCCCAACUCUCUUCUUGCAGCCUUUUCGGCUCAUGACGUUCAAAAUUCAGAUAUAUUUAACUCACAGAUGAGUGUCGGAAUGACAUUUAGCACAGAAAAUUGGCACUGUGAGGACCACUUUUUGCAGAGAUGUAAUUACCAUUUUUUUGGAAGAAGCAAACGCUGGUACUUCAUACCAGAACUGGAUUUCAAGAAAUUCGAAGAGCUCUUGAAAGAUAUCAAUUCGCUUAAUAGAUUCAACAAAGUUCACAUGAACAGCAAUGUCAACAGUUGGCAAAUUCCUGAGCUCAGAAAAUACUUCAAGUCAGAAGACGAGACGCUCAAUUUCGAAUUUGAAUGUCUUUUUAAUUCUUUGGAGAACAUGAUCAACCCAUUUCCUGAGGUACGUGCAGUGAUGAAUGAUCCUGAAUUCCAAAGGAUUAUAGACUUUAAUAAGUCCAAGAACGAUGGGAUUAACCUAAACCAAGAGUUCUUAGUUAGUCCAGAUAUGCUUGAAAGCAGAGGUAUACGAUUCACCACGACUCUUCAAAAACCAGGAGAAUUCAUUUUCAAGUUCCCAAAAACAUACUCAUCAUCCAUUUCCUUGGGUUUGAACAUUUGCGAAGAAGUUAGCCUUGCAACAAAAUCCUGGCUAGAUUACGCACUUGAAGGAGAGCAAUGGUUGAAACGACAAGGUAUUCUCCCUGGAAUCUCCGUCUUCAAGCUACUCGUAAACCUUGCAAAUUUGUAUGAGAGCAACUUUGGGAAUUUUGAUUCCGAGACGUACAAUAAGGCUCUGGAAUGGUUUGACAAGCUUGUGGAGCGAGAAUUGUCUUUGAGGAGCCAGGUCAGGUCACGACUUAAAAUGAAAGAGAUCGCCAUUGAGGACCGAAGUUCUAACGACGCAGAUUGUGUUGCAGAUGAUACCUUGGAAAAUGUGUUUCCUACAAAAAUUGUUGUCACGAAUGUCAAAGAUUCUAAGCAAUUCUCCAUGUCUCCCGAAAGUUUUUUAGAUUACUUUGAUACCUUGGAGCUUCAAAAGAAGCAGCAAUCAAACAUUGGCAUUCAACUUCCAGACCUUAUUUCAUCAUCAAAUCACAGAGUUGAGCUUCAUGUUUUCUUAUCAGACGAUCGUUUAAGAGCUCUACAAAAAAUCUUGAAAGGAUACUCAAUAGAGUUUGAUGAUUGGAUUGCCAACUUUGAGAAAUUGAUGAAGGAAGAGGAGGAAGUGCCCUUGAAAACAUAUAGAAUCUUGCUCAACGACGGGCAAAAGAUAUUAUCUGCCUUGUCCGGGGCUCAUCCAAAAUUCAAGCGAUUCGUUGCGAAUGGCCCGAAAUCUCUAGAGGACAUUGAUCGCGAGAAGAAGAUUGAGUACUUUCAAGGAUGCCUUGAAAAUCUAAAUCAAUACGUGACUUACUGUAAUGACAUCAUUGAAGAGUGUCAAAUGGUUUUGUCACUCAAGCACCAGCAGCGGAUCAGAGGUGCAACAGAAAAUAAAGUCCCACAAGAACAAGGAAAACAGGGAAAUUUAUCUACUCUCUUGGAUCUCGCGAAUAGGAUCCUUAAGCUCAAUUUCCACGCCCCUGAGUUUGAGCAGAUCAUAGAAUUCAGAAACGAAAUCCAAAAUUUUGAUCGUGCGUGCAGAAAUUUGAUUUCGAAAUCAAAUGUCCAAGUUGCAGAGCUAAAUGACAUGAUCAACCUUGGAACAUCAUUUGGCAUAAAAUUACCAAUUCUUGACUUCUUGAUUCGUCUCAGGGACAGAGAAGUGUGGAUUAAAACGUUCAACACUCUAUUUGAGGGAGGUGAUCCAUUCGCUGGCAAAAAGGACGUGUAUUCACUUUCUCAUCUCGAAGAGCUACACAGUGAAGGCAUGCGUGUUCUUAGCGCUGACGACUUACCCAAGUUACAGCAGGUUGAUGCCUAUCUUCGCGAGGGAAAGCAAUAUGAAAUCAAAGUAAAGGAAUUUCUCAGCAAGAACAAGAAGCUCAAUACUGUGGACCUCAAUGAUUUGGAAGAAUUGCUAGUGGAUAUGGAGGAGCGAGCAAAAGAAAGUGGCGAGAGAAGGCUUUUUGUAUAUAUCGAGUUCUAUCACAAGCUUGUGAACUUGAAGGCGCAAACACCAUUAAUCAAACUUUCGCAAAAUUAUUCGACAGAGACACCGUCAUUAUUGGCUAUGAAACAACUCAUGGGAGAUCUCGAGAAAUCGGAUUACGACUUUGACGCAGGCGACUUGAAGGAUGAUCUCGACAAAUCAAAUAAAUGGGUAGACGACUUGUGGGCUGCAUUCAAAAAAAUACAGGCACCUUUUGGGAACAGAGCGAGACUUGAGUGUGAUCCGCAAUCUUUAAAGCAAGCAGUGAACACAGACUUGGUAAAAAAGAUUACCUUGAUCCAGAAUAAAGUUUCAACAAACCUCUCUGGAAAUGAUGUGGAUCCUUUUGAAAGGUCCGGUGGAUAUCUUUUCCUCAAAGAUAUUGAUGCACCGUAUGACGAGAAGCAGCCUUUGAGAUACUGUAUCUGCCGAGAAUUUGAAGAUGGCAUAAUGAUCGAGUGUGAUAAAUGCCAUGAGUGGUAUCAUAUUUUUUGCGUGAAAGAGAAACUGGAGAUUGAACAGAAUGACGAUACUUAUACCUGUCCCACUUGUGUUUCGUUGGAAAGAGAGUCCAUUCUUCCUGAGUUCGCCAAGGAGAGAAUCACCGAUAAAGCCAUUGAUGAUUUUGUUGCUUCUGGGGAGGCAUUAAAGGUGAAGCCGGUGAGUGAACUUAAGGAAUUGAAGAAGCUUAAAGAACAACUUGACCGGUUUAAGCAAACAUUCACUUCAGAAGGAUGGCAAAAGAAACAGACUGCCAUUCUGGUUCACUUCGAAGCUUUCAGGUUUAGAAAGGUGUUUGGCUCUCCAGUUUUAAUCACCUCCGUAUAUGAGGUGCUCUUGUCGUUUUUGAAAGACAAUAGCGUGGUGCUAUUCUCAGCUACCGUGAAUGUUUCGCAAGAAAAUGGUAUUGAGACCCAACAAGGCGAUGAGAAGAUGACAGUCGAGCCUCUGUCUCUGGAAAUUCGGGACACAGAAGUUGAGAGAGGUUCCCAAACUGCUCCUUACAAGUCUGCAAAUGUCGUACAUAAUAGCCCCCUGGAGAACGACAAUGCAUCACCCAUCUCAAAGGAAGCACCAACUGAUACAACGGAUUUCAGAAUUCAUGGAUUGGUACUUCCUCUGCAAGCUGUUGAAGAGGGAUCUUCAAUCCAGGAUACGAUGCCACAGACUCGUCCACCAAUCAGUCCAAGUGAAAGAGCAGCACUAGUUGUCCCCUCUAAGGUCGCAGGAGCUGAGACAAUUUCGCAGCCAGAUAAGGAGAUGGCAAACGAUAGUGUAGCGGAUAAAAGUCAGGAGCAGCACAAUACUCCACAAUUUGAUGUGCCUAGUAUUGUUGAUACAAAAAUGCCUGAUGAGAGAAUCUCACAGCAGGCUAAUCCGCCUGAUGAAGCCGUGGAGGCGACUUCAACUCUGGGCAAGUCUGUCGUGGAAUUAGAAAGCUCAAACGAUGAUCAUCACAGGGGCCAACCACAGUCGCAAGUCCAACUCGACAGUGCUUCUACUAGUGACACAGAUAUCCGUCAUCCAAAUAAAGCUGAGUCAACUAUUACUUUAACAAAAGACUGCCUGGUGUCUGAGGAACAGGACAAGGCUCUGGCUUACACUGAUCUGCAUCAGCAGGAACUGGGAACAAAAGCGCCCAUGGAACGCCAUGUCGAAGCAAGUGCGGUGCCUAUCAAGUCAAAUACUUCUCAAAUUGAGCAAAAUUUUCCCGAGUUGGCGCAGCAUAUUUCCAGGGACGAGCACCAGCUGGAGCCUCUACAGACACAAGAUGGAGAGUCCAAACUGCCACUCAAGCUGACAUCGCCGCUGGAUCUUCCCGAUCAUCUGCAUCCAGACAUCUCGAGCAGUCGUUCCUCAGAGCGUCCUGAUGAUGGCUCUUCCAAAUCGUUGCCAAGCGUGAAUCCCCCCUCCGCUGCACCUAUCUCGAAUACACCAUCCUCUGCUCCUGCGUCGUCUAAUGAGCCUGGAGAUGACACUUUUUUGGCUUCUUUGGCGGCUGAUUUUCCUAAUGCUUCAGCUUACCCAGACACCACCUAUGUUGACCAAUCACUCCCCAUGAUCGCAGGAUCAGACAGCAAGAGGGAUAUACAAUCCGCAGAAGGUACUCGUGAAAAUGUUUCUUCUGAUGUACUCGGCGAGAUUCUUUUGGCAGAAAUUGGAGACGAGAAGAAUGAGGAGGAUCUGAGUUGA